AUGAUUCCUGAAUGUUUGACUACCACGGGCAUUCUUCGAAUACUUAAUUUAAGGAGAAACAACCUUACUGGAACCAUUUCCAAUUUUCGAUUUCCCGAACAAUCUCUAUUACAAACUCUGGACCUCAGUGGAAAUCAGAUAGAAGGCCAGUUUCCAAAGUCUCUAGCCAACUGCAUGUUAUUAGAGAUCUUAAACCUUGGAAACAAUCAUAUAAAAGACACCUUUCCAUGCUUGUUGAUGGACAUAAUCAGUUUGCGAGUCCUUGUUCUUCGGUCCAAUAAGUUUUUUGGACGCAUUGGAUGUCCCAAGACUGCCAAGACCUAUGAGACAUGGGGGGUGCUUCAAAUCAUAGACCUAGCUCACAACCAUUUUGGUGGUGAAAUACCAGGAAGAAAUUUGAAAACAUGGCAAGCAAUGAUGGCUAACAAAGGUGAUUCCCUUCCAUUGGACAAUUACCUACAAUUUUCACAGGACGAAGAGAGAGGCAAGGUUGCUUUUUCUUUUGAGGAUGCAAUAACAAUUACCAGCAAAGGUUCAAAGAUGGAUCUGGCAAAGAUUCUAGCUGUCUUUACCUUGAUUGACUUCUCGGGCAACAAAUUCAAUGGACCAAUACCUAAGGAAAUAGGAGAAUUCAAAUCACUAUAUAUCCUCAACUUGUCCGCUAAUGCUUUCACAGGCGAAAUCCCAUCCUCAUUUGGUAACAUGCGACAACUCGAAUCCUUAGACCUGUCACAUAACAACCUGAGCGGGCACAUUCCACCAAAAUUGGCAAAGCUUACUUUCCUUUCAUUCUUGAAUCUCUCAAUUAAUCAAUUGGUUGGCAAAAUCCCAGCCGGUACUCAGUUUUCGACAUUUCCAAAAGACUCAUUUACAGGAAACAAAGGAUUAUGGGGAGCUCCUUUGACAGUGGAUGAUAACAAAGCAGGAUUGUCACCACCACCAACAUUGAAUGGAGGCCUUCCAAAUUCUGAACAUGAAGAGAUUGAUUGGGAUCUUCUGAGUGUUGAAAUUGGAUUUGCAUUUGGCUGUGCAAUUUCCACUGGUUCACUUGUUUUCUGCAAGAGAUGGAGUAAAUGGUAUUACAAAGCUAUGUAUAAUAUCCUUGUCAAGAUAUUCCCUCAGCUGGAGGAAAGAAUUGGUAAUCAUAAAAGACACGUUCACGUAAAUCAAAGGUGGAGACAUUGA